AUGAUUACUAAGCUCAUGUUUAAAAUUGAAUUGUGCGAUGAUGACAGUGAAGAAGAUGACGCUAAUAAAAACAAGGAGACAAGUACGGAAACUACAAACACUACAACAGUUCAACCAUUCACACAGCCUUCUAAAACCCUAACAUUAGCAACGACUACUGUUCCUAAAGAAUUGUCGCAGCAACCUUUUAAAAUCACAACAACGGCAAAAGAUUCACCUCCGCAGCCGCCAUCAUCGCCUAAGAAGAAACAACGGCUUGAUCUCUACGGUAAACGUAUUGAUGGAGGAAAAUGGUACAAUAAAUUGAUGUUAUUACUUCUGAUCACUGUUGUAUUUGGCACUGUCUGUGUUGCCUUCUAUCAAGGCUGUCUCCUAGCUGAUGUCUACGUCUAUGCGGAUGGACCUUGUCCAAGUUAUGGUGUCAUGGAUUGCUACUAUGGAAGUAGUCAGAUCUAUUUCAACUGUUCAGUUGGUGCACAGAUCGGUGGAACAUUGUUCAAUGAAAGUGCAAUCUGUUUUCGUUUUAUUGCGAAAGAUAUCUCUGUGAACGAUGUCAUAACUCAGUUUGGGGCCUGUGCCGGUCUACUUCAUGCUCUCUGUGCCAUUCUUCAGCUAGUUCUACGUUAUCUAGUCUAUUCAUUUCGAAAGCGUCCACUAACUCCGGAGGAAAUUGAAAAAAGAGUUGCAAUGAUUGCAGCAGCGUCAGACGAAGAAAAAGAAAAGUACAAAGGCACGAAAGACUCAAACUUGACUUUCAAACAUCCAAGAUAUCUACUACUGGGUGUACUAUUAUUUGGUCUUCUUUUGGUCGCACCUAUUGUUGGUGUGGCUCUAUUCACAAGCUUCAGAAUAAGCACAUCUGCCUUGACCUACAUUCUCCUGUUUGUUAUUGCUGUAAUUGGAAUCACUGGAUUUAUCUGUGUAGUGGCAGCGGAAGUAGAUAACGAUGAACCAGUCGAUGAUCAGCAGACUGACGAUUCGAUGACUGCUGAAAAUAUGAACGAAACAGCAGUUUCAGUUAACAAGAAUAAAAAACGUCAAGGACGAGGACAAAGACCAACAAGCAGUUUUAGAAAGAAUGUUAGAGCAGAUUUCGAUCUGAAGAAUAUCACUGAGGUUUUGGCUGAAGUGGCUGGAACACAUUAA